UAUGAUGUCAUUCAGUCGGCAUGAUGACAUGUCUUCGAAUAGGUCCGAUCACAACAGACUUGCUUUUAAUGCUGCGCAAUGCAUUUCGCAUUUGUUGGAAGAGUUUUCUAUUCCUGAUUCCUACGCAAACAAAGGCCCAAGUCACCAUGGCAACAAACAGCACAAGGAUUUUCAUGGUCGGGGAUGUCAUGCUUGGGCGUGGCAUUGAUAUGAUCCUGCCGCACCACAAUGACCCUAAACUCUAUGAGGGAAAUGGUCUGGAUGCAUGGGGUUAUGUCACACUAGCUGAAGAACAGAAUGGGCCUAUCCCUCCCGCAAACCAAAGAAGUGUGGGGUAUAUCUGGGGGGACGCACUUGAAAUCCUUGAUCAAAAGCGACCUGACAUUCGGAUCAUUAACUUGGAGACUUCAGUAACAACAAAUAGUACUCCAUGGCCUAAAGGGAUCCAUUACAGAAUGCACCCAAAGAAUAUGGAAGUCAUCAAGCUGGCUAGAAUUGAUUGCUGCAUUCUUGCAAAUAACCAUGUUGUAGAUUGGGGAUUUGUGGGAUUGAAGGAAACUUUGUCAACUUUGACUGAAGCCAACAUAAAGUAUUCUGGUGCUGGUUAUAACUUGACCGAAGCCUUUUCACCUGCAGUAUUUGAUGUUAAGGGAAUAGGGCGUGUCUUGAUAUUUGCUGCUGGGCAUGACUCUAGUGGGGUACCUGAUUCCUGGAAGGCAACACCUUCAAGGGAAGGUGUGAAUAUUCUACAAGUUGAAGACACCACAAAAUCAGUGAAGAAGUUGCAUGAGGGUGUAAUGAAGGUGAAGAAUGCCAAUGAUAUUGCUGUGUUGUCCAUUCACUGGGGUGGAAACUGAUUUGAGGUCCCUGAGAUUUUUCAAAAGUUUGCACAUGCAGCUAUAGAUGAUGCAGGUAUUGAUAUAAUAUAUGGGCACUCGUCUCACCAUGUCAAAGGUGUAGAAGUCUACAAAGGCAAACUGAUUAUCUAUGGUUGUGGUGAUUUUCUGAAUGAUUACGAGGGCAUCACAGGGUAUGAGCACUUUAGAGAUGACCUUGCUUUGAUGUAUUUUGCUGAUGUGGACUUAGCGUCUGGCAGGCUUAUUGGGUUACAGAUGGUGCCAACACAAACCAAGCACUUGAAGGUUAAUCAUGCCCCAGAGGAAGGCGUUGAUUGGCUUGUGAAGACAAUGGGCAGGGAAUGUCACAAGUUGGGUACUGAGGUGAAGAGAGUUGGGAAUGAAAUUCAUGUUGUGAUGGUUGGAUCUUAGAUGUGCCUCACAACGAGAUGAAUGUUAGAUUAUAAAUCAGCUGACUAUGUAAGGUUAGGAAGGUCGCAAGGGCUUGCCACGGUCACCCCUUACCCCUUAUGAAAACUUUUACAAAACGGUCUUUAGUGUUGUUUGUUAUGUUCUCCAGAUGUUAUGUCUUUUCCGGUAAUACCUCCAUCAGAACAUCUUUGCUCUACCAUUAUAAUAAUAACCAGUCCCGUGCCCAGGACUUUGGGGGGGGGGGGGGGGUGCGAUCAAAAGAAGUGGACCUAAGUGGACGGGGGGGGGGGGUUCUGAUAAAAAUUGACCUCCCCUGCACGUUCAUUAUCAGAUUUAGCUGCAAAAAAGUCUGGCUUAUAGAUACAUACCAGAGACAUACCAGAGUGAUCUAGAAUACCCUUUGCUUAUCUAAUCCGCUUAUACUUUAUAGUUUUGUCUACAAACAACACGUCUAUUGCGAACUGGAAGUUGACUUUCUACUGUGUGUGUGUAGGGGGGGGGAUUACCGGCCUGAUACCUACUUUAUUCAGCAAUCUUGAAAAUUCAAAAAAGGCAAAAGAGUAAAGGUAAAGAAAAGAAAAAGAAUCAUAAUAAGGUGGAAAAAAUAAAGGUUAUAAAACGUGAACAUGUUAUAGUUUCCUAGGUCACCUGGGUCCUAUUUUGUAUUUUGGUUGAAUAAACAUUAAAAGAGAAAAAAAA